GUGUAAGGAUUCCAUAUUCUCUACACCCUGACCAAGCUCUAAAAAUGAACACCAAUGAACCAUGCGGUCGCAAUUGUCCAUGUGACUCAUUGAUGUGAAGAGUGCAACUCUUUGCAUCCAAGUUAUGUGGAUACAUUCCUUCAUCUCCCUUGUCCAUUUUCUUUUGUUACCUUACCUUGUGCUCAGACCUCACCAUCUCCUUGUCUCACUGAAGUAUUUUCACCUCGCCUUACACUUCAUGUUCUCAUUCUGGCCUAGUCAAGUAUUCGAAAAUGUAUAUAUACUGCUCAUGUACUCUCCUACCUACAACGAAUCUUAGAGUCAGAUUCCUGCUCCAAGAAC